AAUGGCUUCUCUUCUCCAAUCAAUGCUUGUGCUAGUUAUGGUCACUUUGGCCACCUUUUCCCAUGCAAUGCUCACUAGUGAUUUCUACAAGAAUGUUUGCCCAGAGGCACUGCCAGUCAUACGAUUAGUCGUUGAAAAAGCAAUUGCUCGUGAGCGGCGUGAUGGAGCAUCCUUGCUGCGUAUGCAUUUCCACGACUGUUUUGUUAAUGGUUGUGAUGGAUCAGUUUUGCUGGAUGACACCCAGAACUUUAUUGGUGAAAAAACAGCCCUGCCAAAUAAUCAUUCAUUAAGAGCAUUUGACGUUGUUGAUGACAUUAAAGCUGCGGUUGACAAAGCUUGCAAACGUUCCGUCGUAUCAUGCGCUGAUAUUUUAGCUGUUGCUGCUCGUGAUUCUAUAGCCAUAUUGGGGGGUCCACACCUUUGGUAUAAUGUAUCAUUGGGCAGAAGAGAUGCAAGAACUGCAAGCAGGGAUGCAGCAAACACCAAUAUCCCUGCCCCACUUUUCAGUUUCUCACAACUUGUUUCAAAUUUUAACUCUCAUGGAUUGGACCUCAAAGACCUAGUGGCACUCUCCGGUGGCCACACCAUUGGCUUUGCCAGGUGCACCACCUUCCGGAACCGGAUCUACAAUGAAAACAACAUAGAGAAAAAAUUUGCAGCCUCUUUGAAAAAGAAGUGCCCUGGAAAUGGCGGAGACAACAAUUUGACACCGUUGGAUUCAACUCCUGCAAGGGUUGACACAAUGUAUUACAAGGAAUUGAUGUGCAAAAAGGGUCUCCUGCAUUCUGAUCAAGAGUUGUUCAAAGAAAAUGGUAGUGAAAGUGACAAGUUGGUGGAGCUAUACAGUACAAACCCGUUUGCUUUUGCUGAAGAUUUCAAAGCUUCUAUGAUCAAGAUGAGUAACCUAAAACCUCUUACUGGAAGUCAAGGAGAGGUAAGGUUCAAUUGCAGAAAAAUUAAUUAAUACUGUAUCUAAUUAUUUGUCAAGUUACCUGGUGAGUCAUAUUGUCAACUUUUAUCUAUUUGUGAAUGAAUAUGUGUGGUUGUCUAAAUCACCUCAAUAAAUAUUGUGUAAAAUUACUUUAGCCUUUAAGAGACUCAAUAAUAUUUUAACAUGUGUCGUGAGUUAGAAUUUUCUAAAACACAUGUUAAAAUAUUUGCCUCACUUAAGUUAAGGUAAUUUUACUCAAAAUAAAUAUUGAGUGAUUUAGAAUCUGUUAAUGGAUUAUGUACUAUUUCAGUUUCUAUAUGUGUGGAUAAUUUCAGAUUUAAAUAAUAUUAAACCAUAAGGGUCAAA